AUGGCUUCUUUCUUCGCAAACGUUCGCCAAGGACUGGCCGGCCGCUCCAGCAAAGGCCAGCAAGGCAAAGGCGGCUCUUCGUCACCAACGGCUUCAUACUCUGCUUCGCCAACUUCUCAGCACGCCCCAAACCAACCGCCUAUGCCUGGUUCGCCUGCUCUGUCGUCCAACAUGUCGUUCGAAGGCCCGCCAUCCGAGGGGUCCGUGCCAUCUGGCUCUCGCAGACCGCCUUUCUUUUUCCGCGAGGAGUACUCCAACUUGAUUGUCAAGGGUAAUUUCAUGACGCUGGCUGCAAAGCCCAAGCUUGUUGAGGAGGGCGAAUGGCUCGCUCAUCAAGUUGUCGAGCAGUACAGACUACUGGAGCAAAUGAUUGAAGUCAUUAAGGUAGUCGACGACCGGACAGGCAAACCCAUCUGUAACCCAGAUGUCUGUCCCACCAUGUCUGCCAGUGGUCACACAUAUACCUGGCUUGACAACAACAAAAAGCCCAUCAAGAUCCCCGCCAUCCAGUACAUCAACCUUGUACAAAAGUGGAUCGUGGGUAAGAUCAAUGACCCGAACAUCUUCCCUACAGACACCACCGCCAUCUCAAUUGGAACGACAACCUAUGCCUCUGGAUCCCUUACUCCCAACUCGACACCGCAGCCUCUGGGACCUACGUCCCUCAACCAGCCCGUAUCCCAGCUGGCCGGACGCGAGUGGCUCGGCAAGUCAUCUGGCUUCCCCGAAACCUUCGAGGGCGACAUCAAGAGUAUCUACCGCCAGAUGAUGCGGUGCUACGCCCACAUUUACCACGGCCACUGGCUGGAACCCUUCUGGAACGUGAGUGCAUACAAGGAACUCAAUACGUGCUUCAUCCACUUCAUCAACGUCGGCAAGCUGUUCAACCUCAUUGGCGACAAGGAGAUUGAGCCCAUGCAGCCGCUGGUCGACCUCUGGGCGGAGAAGGGGCUGCUUCCUCCGAUUACUGCUGCCAAGGAGAAUGCUCCACCUGCGUCUUGA